AUGGCUGAUAACUUUGGAAGACACCUCUCCACCCGUUGGGUCAAAGCUUCUGUACCCAGCUAUGGUGACGAAUGGGGCGACGAAUACGAUUAUAACUACAACUCUGAGGAAACUUCGUCGGUUACCGAGGCCAAGAAAGAAGUCACGCCUGAGAGAUUCGAGCUCCACGACAACCACCAGACGCCAGAUCACAGUUUCAGUAGCAGAAGUCAAGAUGAAGCCAUAUCAGGAGAGUCUAUCUCAAUGGGGCAGGACUUGAGCCACAAGACUGGAGUGCCUUCAGGCGCACAGAAUCCGAGCAACUUGGUGUUGUCAAUUGACAGAUUUAAGAACAGGUCGGACUCCGACUCUGACGAAACUUCCGAUGAAGAGCCAGAGGAACAACCCAAGGCUGUCCGAAAGAAUACUAUCAGAAAACCUCCCUUGGAACUUGACUCUUCCCUAAUUGAAUCACAUCUGGCAGAUGUUUCAAAGAGCUUCGACGAGUUUGUUCCUCCCACUCCAACAUACACCACUAAAUUUUCAAACCCUGGAACACCUCAGUCGGAUAGAAGUUACCAGUCCGAUGCUGACUCCAUUCAGAAUGAGCCGGCAAAUUUGAACGUGGUGGACUCCAACAGGUUUGCAUCCUCUGACCAAGAACAUAACUACGAGGGCAAAACUAUUCUCGAGGAUAUUCAGCCAAAGAAUCUUUCUACUAUUGACGAAUUUCAUAGCGGGAAAGAAACCGAUAAUGAUAACGAGGCAAUCCAUUUUUCUAAGCCUGAGGCGUCUCCUCCUCAAAGUCCAAAUGUUGCAUCACCUCUAGUCUUGUCCAUUGAUAAGAAGGAUUUCAACUACUCCAGUGAUGAUGAUGAAGAUGAAAUUGCAUUUGAACACAACGAUGAUAUCCAUGAAGAAGAACAUGAUAAUGAUAAUGACAUACCAAGGAACCAUGAGACGAACACAAUUCAAAGUGAUAAUGAAAGUACAACAAGAAGACCAAUUGAGACUGCUGCAUUGGAUUCACUCAUCCAUGAUUUGGAAAAUGCUUCAUUGGGUCCCGACAGCAGUCCCGAGAGACCUAAAGAGCAGCCAGAAGGCGAGAAUGAUUACACAUUACAGCUCGAUUCUUUCGAUGUUUCCAUGCCGGAUUUUGAAGAUUCUGAAUUAGUAAACACUUCUUUGGCUCAAGCAUAUGAAGAAGAAGGAGACCCCAACUCUCCUACCACGCCUAUUGCACCAUUGAGCCUCACUGAAGAAAAAGAAGGUCAUAGGAAUUAUUUGAGAGAAUCUGGCCAUCGCCGGUCCAUCAGAAAGCCGCCACCGGAACCAAGAAAGAAUUUGGUGUCUGUCGAUUAUUCUAAUAUAGCAGAUGCUGUCAGUGGAUACAUGAAUGACAAUGAAAGUUUAGGUGCAAACAAGAAUCUUGACAUUAUUGGAGAAGACAAUCAGAGUGUAUCCUCUGAAACCAAAUCACAAUCGACAGGGGAAAACAAAGAAAGAAUUUCUGAGCCUCAAAUGCAAGAAGAAGAAUUUUUCAGUACGGAAGACUUCAAGAAACCGGGUGUAAAUGAAUUGCAUCCAGUGGUAUCCUUAGACUCCCUUUCAACUGGUAAGUUCUCUUUUGAGACCCACUCUACUUCUCAACGUGGAGACAAUCAUAGUUUGAGAGAUGGCCAGAGUUUGAGGGAUAAUCACAGCAUCAGAGAAAAUUACAAUUCCAAUGAAGGUGUCGAGAAUGACAAAUCAAGAAGAGUUUCUACUAUGAGCAUGGCUACCGUUAAUAUGGGUGGCUGGAAUCCAAAUACCAAUAACUAUCGUGAUCAGUUUAUUAAUGACAACGAUAAUGAGUCGCAGAUUAAUUUCAACCCACAUGCAGAGGAGCCUAGUAACUACAACAAGUUCACAAAGCUCAGGGGCUCUAGUGGUCUUUCUGAAGUUGUAUCUAACUCGAGUUCCAUUUCAGUUCCAGAUACCAUAGAUGCAGCCUUGCCACAAAUUGCCGAAGACCCUGAUGAUAACGAGGAUAAUCAAUUGCAACCGAAGACCUCUAUUGCCGCAGACUCAAUUUUGCAAGAGCACAGCUAUCCACUGCCAGUUUUCAAGGAGGAAAGAUUAACUCCUGCAGGUUCAAGUGAAAUGUUACCAAAGUCCAGCAACCAGAGGUAUUCCAGUCUUUUCCUGUCCAAUGACCUUGAAUCCCAAGAAACCAAAAGAAUAGCCUCAGACUCAACAAUGGGAGCGCUUGAGAAAGAAAUGAACAAGGCUGCCAAUCCUCUGCGUGUGACCGGCGCCUCCACCGCUGUUACUGAGUCGGGAUUGACGUCGACGAAGCCAUUUUCUGCUCAGUCGUAUCCUGUAUUUGAUUGGAAGACCAUAAUGUCAGCCUCGCAGCCGAUAGACAGGAUCCGCCUCUUGAAGGAAGCAUUGAAAAAGGAAUCCGAGCAUGACACUGGUCUCCAGAACUGGUUGCACGAAACAUUAAAGAGUUCGCAAAACCCUACAAAUAUGCAUAUUGGUAAGAUCGCUUCGGAGGCUUAUUCGAAUGCCACCCACAACGACAUCCGCAGACACGCUUCGCUCCGAAGCAAAGUGUCGAUUGUCAAAGACAAGGUGGAGACCUCUGGAUUACAUGCUACGAGUUUCGGGAAGAGAUUUUUGAGCCGUGGUAAGAAAUUCAUGAAA